AUGGCCAUCGACCCAGUCUUCGCCGGCUUUGUGUUCCUCCACAGCUUCACUGUAUUCGUGACCUUGGUCAGGUUCGGAUUGCGAAUCAAGACGAAGAGAACGUGGUGGGAUGACUUCUGGGCACUCAUGGCUGUCUUUGGAACCAUCCUCAUCAUCUGCAACUACUGUAUUCUGGGCACGUACGACCGAUCAAUAUUCUCUGCCUCUGCCCAGUCGUACUUUACGUGGUCCUCGUACAUGUUGAGCCCCACGACCCUCUGGAUGGCACGAACAUCGAUUCUCAUGACCAUUGUCUACAUCCUCCCCAAUGGCAUGAAUCGUCUGAUCACUCAGAUUUCCGCCAUCGUCUUCCUCCUCUUCUGGGUUGCACAUCUCCUCGCCAUCACAUUCAUGUGCGGCGUCCCCGUCCCAAGCAACCUUGUCUGCGAGAUCCCCAGGAAGACGACCGCCAUCUCCCUCACCUUCGAGCUCAUCUCAACCGCUUGGUUGAUGGCUUGGCCCGGGUACCUGCUCUACCGCCUGAAGCCCUCCGUCGCCCUCCGCAACUUCAUCAUCACCUGCGUCGUCACCGGUGCCGCCUUGACCGCUCUCGACAUCGGUCACGCCUACAACCUUACCAGGGCUGAGAAGACUGGUGCUAUUGCGCACUACAAGGCUCUCAACACCACUGGUAACCUCCAUGUCCUCGUUUCUCUCCUCGGAGCCAACGCCCUCGUGUUCGUCAGCCACUUCUUCCCCAUUCUCAACCUCGGCUCUGGGCAGAGUCAGGAUGGUCGUUCGAGCGAUAGCGGAUCCGUCAACUCUACCGACAAGGUGAAGGAAGCCUCUGCCCAAGUUUGA